CGCGCCCGCCAGUGACGUCUGGCCAGCCGGGUCUGGCGCGUGUUUCUUGUAUUGUGUGGUGCCCUGAAAGUUAUUAAUGCCGGGCGAUGGUCGAUGGUGGUUGGCUCGACACGCUGGCGUCACUUGGCCCACCACGCGCUGGCCGCUACGCCCGUCACAUAUGGCCAUGGCCAUGGCCAGCCCCCUGACCCCCCGCGGAAAGCUGACACCAUAAUAACGCUCUGUUGACUUUUCUCCUCCCUUCUUCAUCUCUCAUCUCAAUCACUUCUCGUGUCCCAAACCCACAACAAAGUCAUAAACAUGGACGGUCUCUUCAACAAGGCGGAGCAGUUUGUUCAGUCGGGCCAGGCCAAGGCCUUCCUCCAGUCCGAGUCGGGCCACAAGUACACCAAGCAGUUCUCUGACGCCACCGGCAUCAACGUCGACCAGUACUCGUCGUACCUCCCCGGUGGCGCCGCCGCCGGCGCCAGCGGCAACCAGCAGGGUGGCCAGGACCAGCAGCAGCAGGGCCAGAACCAGCAGAACCAGCAGUCGCAGGGCCAGGGCAACCAGCAGCAGUCCAACGACUCGUUUGGCAACAACAACAGCCAGCAGCAGUCGAACCAGCAGUCGCAGAACCAGCAGUCCCAGCAGUCGUCGUUCGGCGGUAACCAGGGCUCGAACGACUCGUCGUUCGGCGGCAACAACAACAACCAGUCGCAGAGCACUGGCCGCCUCGACUCGAACCAGUCGUCUGGCAACCAGUCGUCGGGCUUUGGCGGCAACGACAACUCGUCGUUCGGCGGUAACAGCAACAACCAGCAGACUUCGGGCCGCCUCGACUCGAACCAGUCCUCGGGCAACCAGUCGUCGGGCUUCGGCGGCAACCAGUCGUCUGGUAACCAGCAGUCGAACUUCGGCGGCAACCAGUCUUCGGGCAACCAGUCCUCCGGCUUCGGUGGAAACCAGCAGCAGCAGUCUGGUGGCUUCGGCGGCAACCAGCAGCAGCAGCAGUCGGGCGGCUUCGGUGGCAACAACAACAACAACUCGUCGUUCGGCGGCAACAACAACAACUCGGACUACUAA